UUAUAUUUCAUUAUGAUCGUGUCCAUUGUAUAUAAAAUAUAAAAGUUAUGGCAGAUAUAAUUGGAAACAGCCGAGGAUAUAAACAAUCGGUUAAGAAAUGGUUAGGUGGAAUUAUUUUCACGUCCUCACUAUUCUUGUCCAGCAUUAUGGGAUUUAUAGUGUUGUCACCUAUAUACAUGACUGCGUUUUUAUUAAAGCUGCACUGUGCACAAUGGAUAUUUGAUACUUUAAUGUCCACUUGGUUUGCGUUCCUUGUUGCGGCGUACGAGCUGCUAUAUGGAGUACGAAUUGUGAUUCAGGGGGACGUUACUGCUAUGAACAAAAACAGAUGCUCCCUUAUUGUGAUGAACCAUCGAACCCGACUGGAUUGGCUGUUUUAUUUCGCAGUUCAAGCGCGAUACGCAUCAUUACGGAGAUUAAAAAUUUGCUUGAAAAAUGAAUUACGGCACAUUCCAGGAGUAGGGUGGGCAAUGCAAGCCGCCAAAUUUCUCUUUCUGCACCGCAAAUGGAACAGCGACCGAGAGCGAAUAGUUGAAUACCUGUCACACUUCAACAGCCUAACUUACGCUCCACAGUUGUUGUUCUUUCCUGAAGGUACAGAUUUUCGAUCUUUAAGUCGGCAGAGAAGCAAGGAAUACGCGGAGAAAAACAGUCUGAAUGAUUAUGACCAUGUCCUUCACCCACGGACCCUGGGAUUUACAGCUCUCGUUGGGCAUAUGAAGCAAUAUAAUAAACUUGACCAGAUCGUGAAUGUAACCGUGGCAUAUCCGGAAAACGUUCUGCAGCGUGAAACCGACCUUAUUACUGGCAAUAUUCCCAGAGUAAUCGUUUUUACAGUAGAUUGUUAUGACAUUGACACGGUGCCAACAGACAAUGACGGGCUUCUCUCAAGAUGGAUUGAAGACCGCUGGAGGAUAAAGGAAGACUUUCUAAAAGAAUUUUAUUGCUACCGGGACUACAACGCCCAGAAUGGUUACAGUGAGGAGCAAAACUUGGAAAUUGAAAGGGACCUGAAGGUUUAUCUAAUCGGAUCAUUAGUGUUCUGGUCAAUGCUGUCAAUGUGCACGCUUUACUGGUUGGUGUUCUUUCCCUGGUUUAGACUGUGCUUCCUCUGGUCUGUUCCGGUGUGUGUAAUAGUGAGUACUGUGAUCGGAUUUGAUAACUUGUUUACAAUUUUGACACCUCUACCCGACACGGAAUGAUAGAUUUUGCACAUGACAAACAAUAUGGUAAUCUAGGAGCAGAACACUUGUAGGUCGAAUACAUUUGUGAAGUUCUUACUUGGUGAAAAUAGGCCCAACAAAACAUUUUGGAAAAAAUGGACAUUGCUGCGUUAUACCGUGCAGUGACACACAUAAUACCGUGCAGUGACACAUAUUAAACCAUACAGUGACACACAUUAUACCGUGCAGUGACAAACAUUAUACCGUGCAGUGACACACAUUAUACCGUGCAGUGACACACAUAAUACCGUGCAGUGACACACAUUAUAUUGUGCAGUGACACACAUUAUACCGUGCAGUGACACACAUAAUACCGUGCAGUGACACACAUUAUACCGUUAAGUGACACACAUUUUACCGUACAGUGACACACAUAAUUCCAUGCAGUGACACACAUAAAACCCUGCAGUGACACACAUUAUAUUGUGCAAUGACACACAUUAUACCGUGCAGUGACACACAUAAUACCAUGCAGUAACACAUGGUACGAACGACUGCUUAUCUCCUGUGUUUAUUUAUUUGUUAAAUUUGAUUAAAAUCAAAUUAUAUAUAUUUUUGAUAAUAAUUUAAAUUGAUAUCGUUGUUAAAGCUGAUGCAUCUGACAGAUGGAUUGUGGCACGUUUACGCUUAUAUCUGUCCCGUUUCGAUUAGUAAACACUAUGUGAUUCAAAGGCCUUGACUUAUUUACGGUUAAAUCCAGAAAAUUCAACAUACACUUUAAGAAAACUUGUUAAGUGCAUUGUUUUCAUUUAAAAUGCGCAAAAACUUUUGCUUUAAGCAAAUGGCUAUAAAAUUAUUUUAUACACAUACCUCAAUGUUUGUUGGUGGCCCCAAUUUCAUGAGCAAACUUAAUAUCCUUAUAACGAGAUCAAGCUUAGCACAUUUUUUUCUGUUUUGGUAUAAUCACGAUAAGGUACUUUUUUUUACUUAAUUCAGC